AAUUUUGUUGACGUAAUCAAUGGACGCCCCCUUACUUAAUUUCCUUAUAAAAAUAUUAUUGCUGCUGUUGACUUCAAUCCUAGGUAGUUAAUUCUCAGAAAUAUUUGUGUUUUUUUAAUUUAAACAAAUCAAUAGUUUUGCCACCAUCAGCAGUAUGUCUGCUGAAAGAGAUGCAUCAGUUGUUGGGGGCAACCAGCCACUGUUCCAACCAAAUGAGGAAGCUGUCACCCAAGUUAUGAGCCUUGGCUUCUCAAGAAAUGCUGCAAUAAGAGUAAGAUAAUAUAAGUUGUAUUUAUGACCAAAAAAAGUUUUAAAAUUAUUUUCUUUUCUUAAGGCUGUCAUCCUGUGCCCAGCUAAAUGCCAGUGUAAUUCUCAGGUACCAGAUUUUAAGAAAUUAUUAAAAUUUUAGAAAUAAAAAUGUUGUUCUUUUGGCCCUCUACUGCCAUAAGUUUGCACUUUUGCUUCCCAAAUUCACACCAGCCCCUGGUUAUUACGCCAGGCAGUGGCAUGUCUGGCAGAUUUGUACUUUUGAUGCUUUUUCAGGGUGCCUAACAACACAUGCUGAAUUUACUAGAUUAAUUAGACUAACAAGUUUAGUGUUGUUUUCUGAAUGUACACAAUUGAAACAUUCAAACCGAUGGCUGUAAAAUUUAUUGAAAUUAAUGUAGAAAGUAAUAUUGAUAAUCUUAUUACUAGUUGAAGAUAUAUCUGAAACAAACAAUACUGUUAUAACAGUACAUUAUAAUAAUGGUGACUGACCAUGGUGAUGGCCAGUGAACUAAUUGACUCUCUACAUUUCCAAAAAUGUGUCUGCUUCAUCAAGUACCCGGGUAUCAGCUCUGAGAUUUAAAGCUACCUGGCAGGUGUUUUUCCAAUUUUUGACAGCCUUAUUGAUCUUGCAAAUUGUACAUAGUAAAUGUUAAAUUUAAGACAAUUUUAGUCACACAAAAGCUGACCAAAAAUAAAUUAUAUUUUAUGGUUUCUCUUCAUUAUCUCCCCAUUAGUUAGAUAUAUCUCGUAACAUGAUACAAUUAUUUUGCACUGGACAUUUGAGAGACCAUAUCAUAACACCAACGUUCACUUAGUAAAAGCUAGCACUUUAUCUUUGUCAAUAACUUAUAUCUUACAGAGUUUCUAGUAUGAUACACUUCUUCUGGCAGAUUCUUGUUAUGAACUUCAAUUUUUUUUUUUUUUUUUUCAUUUUUGCUCUUUCUGAAAAAUCUACUCUUAAUUUAUUGAAAAUAUGAAUAUGCAGACAAAAGACAAUGUAAACACGAUAGUUUCUAGUAUGAUACACUUCUUCUGGCAGAUUCUUGUUAUGAACUUCAAUUUUUUUUUUUUUUUUUUUCAUUUUUGCUCUUUCUGAAAAAUCUACUCUUAAUUUUUUGAAAAUAUGAAUAUGCAGACAAAAGACAAUGUAAACACGAAGUCCUGAACUGUACUUGCACUGUAAUUUGAACAAGAAAAAUGGCAGGAGACAGUACAUGGUUUGUGGUGUCGCUAGUAGUUUAUUAGAGCUGUCUUUUUAAACCAUAUUUAUCUCUUUUUUUUUCGUAGGCAUUGUUCUAUACUGGCAAUCUCUCAGCAGAUCAAGCAGCUGAUUGGCUUUUGGAAAACAAUGAUAAAAGCUUGGACACACCAUUAGAGGUAAGGCCCUUAUUUUGCUGUUGUUUAGUUUAAAUGUUAACUUUUUGUUUUUCUCAUCCUGCUAAAGUAAUUAUUUAAUUAUUAAAAUUUAUCUCAACACUUAAAACCAAUACAAUAUUUACCCUAUCAAAAAAGUGUACUCUGGCAUAAAAGCUACAGGUGACUUAUACUUCCUACAGGUUGACCUACAAGGCACUAGUGAUAGCAGCGAUGAGGACGAUUUCCUGACUACAAAUUCCUUCAAAAUGGUUUUUGUUGUUAAUGGUGAGCUCAACAUGGGUGUUGGGAAAAUCGCUGCUCAAGUUGCACAUGCAUCACUAAGCUUGUUCAGGAAUUUAAUGGAAGACGAAGUGAAAGCUGAGAUGUUGAUGGCCUGGGGACACCUUGGGUAGGUUAGAGUAACUACAAUCAUAAUGUCUAGCUAUUUUAUUUUCUGCUUUGUGAUAUUAUUAUUAAUCGAGAAAAAAAUGUUUUAUACCAGUAUGUAUUGCUUUCCUUAAUAGUGGAAAUUGUGUUAAUAAAUAUCAAUCUUAUUCUCUUUGCACCAGGGAAACUAAAAUUGUUUUAAAAGGAGACAGUGGCAUGCAGCUAGAAAAUCUUGCAGCCCAGGCAGCUGCAGCCAACAUUGACCAUUACCUUGUGCAGGAUGCUGGUCACACCCAGGUUGCUCCAGGGUCAAGGACAGUGCUGGGAUUGUUUGGGAAGGUGGAUGAUAUCGACAGGGUCACAGGAAAACUGAAGCUGUUGUGAUAAUUUUAAAUAGAUAAAACUUCAUAUUUUUGGUAAAUUCACAUCUGGAAUUUUUUUGGUUACCCUUAAUAUAGAAGAAUCUCACUGGAAGUCAGAUUUUUUUCACAUUGUCCAAAGCUGCCAUUACAUGGAGAAUUUUUGUUUAAAUCUGGCAACUGACCCUGCUAAUAACAACUCUUAUACCAUGGUCAAAAAGAAAAAUUAGCAGCUUUAAAAUAUAAUUAGAAAUUGGGUUACAAAUUAUGCUUAGGUUUUAGAUAUAUCAGAUAUAUUGAUUAUAUCAACAUCAUUCAAAGGGGGUAAUUUUUAAGCUUUUACUAACUUAUGAUAGGACAUCAUAUAAUCUAAUUUCUAAACCCACUCCUGACUAUUACUGUUAUUCUCAAAACUGGCCACCCCGUGCGCUGCCCUGAGGCUUUUGUUUAAUAUCUCCUUCAUGGCACAUGGCUACAAUAUGUCUAGGCAACACAUUUUGCUAAAGUCUCCUGGUUGCUCUCCUUGGUGAAAAAAAAACAAAAAAAUUUGUAUCCUCUCUUUUUUCCAUCAUUGAGUUAAUAAAGGUAAAAGUUCAAAAUGGUUUCUCAAGCCUUAGUUGUGAUUUUUAUAAAGCUCAGAUGGUGAUACUAUAAAAAAUAUUGAAGAAGAAUCCCUUCCAAAUUGAUAGUGGCGGUUCUAUUGUGGAAGAUAUCUGUGACUUCAGAAAUGGCACAUAAAUGGCUUGAUGCAGGCAAUGUUUGCUGUGGAGAUGGCAGUAAGGUUCAAAUAUUAUUAAUCCAACCUUAAUCUUUUUAUCAUGAUUAUUUAAUAUAAUUCAUUUUCACACUGCAUAUCAUCCAAGAAAUAGAACAAAAUGACUUUUUAUUAUUAUUUUUUUUUUUGUUCAUUUUUCCAAAAUCAGGUUUCCAAAAGGAGUUAUGGCCUCUUAGCUUAAGAAAUUUGAAUGUUUUUAUCAUGGGUGUUGUUAGGAUAUUGGUAUAUAGUUGGUUAGAUUUUUGUCUGCCAUUCAAAGCUAUUGCAGAUUGCAACCCAUUUUGGGAAGGUUGGUAUGAUUUUUGUAAUGCUGUUUUAAAGUUGUUAAAAUAUUUUAUUAAAUAGGGUUUCAAAGAUAAACUCACGAAGUGCAUAGCACUGAUCUGUGACUUUUUAAAUAGUACCUGCAUCCGGCGCCUAUAACUUAAUAUGUAAGAAUACAUUUAUUUGGACUAAAACGAGCUAUUUGUUAACCCCACACCAACUGGGUUGCUGUCUUCCCACUUCAGUUGUUGAGGGACUCAGGUUUUAGCUCCAUCCCAAAAAUAGAUUUCUAAAUGGAAGGGUGGGGUGAGGGGAUAUUAAUCAUUUUUAAGCAGCAAUUUAUCCAUUGCUUAAUAUUACCCUGGAUUUGAAUCUGCAAUCUCUUGGUCAAGAGGCAGAAAAAGUACAUGACCAAAAAAUUGCAUGUUUACUAUAUUAUUAAAUUUUUACUUGAAGAUAUGUUAUUUUAAGGCCAGUAUAUUGAUUCUCUUCUAUUAUCUUGGCUAUUAUCAGUCUGUUGAAUCAUCCAUUACCCUUAAAUCUAAAGUUUUGUCAAUUAUCUUAAUAAAAAUAGGCUUCGUUAAUGGUUAGCCUUUUUAUAUUAUUAUAUUAUUAUUUUUUUAUCUAUUGUUUAGCUUGGUAAAUAUAAAUAUCCUAAUUACUAACUCUUACAUGCUGUUCAAACACUAAAGAAAGAAAGAAAAGAAAAUGCCAGUAAGAUUGUCUCAUUACUUUGACAUCCAAGCUAUAAACAGAUAAUGGAAACCUAUUUAACUUGCAAUCAUUCCCCAAUGCUUAAAUAAAAAUGUAUGUUUGCAUAUCUUUGAUCAGGUAAUUACUUUUUCUGAAAAUUUUGUAGUUACAUGGUAUUCCAAGAUUUUUAACAUUAGUGUUUACUCUUUUUCUCAAGGGCAAGCAUAGUAUUUUAAAAAGAAAAUAAGGAAAUUUUGUCUAGGAUUAAAUGCUACCCUGGUGCUGUCCCACCCCAGACUGUUCAGUCUCCUUAAAAUCAAGACGUUUUGUCUAAAACGUGAAAUAUUUUUAUUUGUUGUAAUUAAUUACGUGAAAUCAAAGUCAAAGUACAAGUUUAGAAUUAAUUUAUUUGAACGUUGGAAGAAAUAAACUUUGGUUGCUUUUACAUUUGGACAUCAGAAUUUUGUAAUUUGCAGUUGAUUAACUCUUAUCAAUUAUAAAUCAUUUCUUCUGUGGACAAAUUGUCAUGAAGAGAGAACUCUUUUUCAGAAACCAAGUCUUUCUAAUAAAUCAGUAUUGAACUUUUUUUUUUUUACAAAAUUAAUAUUAUUAUCCCGACUAUGAGAUGAUGAUCUUAAAACAUAUAUUGAAAUAGUUCAUAUAUUUAGUCCACUUGAUGUCCUCUUAACAUGGAUUGGUGUAAUAUAAUAUGCAGUUAACUCAAACUUUUAAAGAUAGUUGUUAUUGAAAGAACCAGUGAUUUUUAAAAAAAGAAAUUCAGUAUUUUUUUUAGAAAUCAAUAUUCUAAAGAGAACGCAACUUGCAUUUUCAAUGUUGGUUCUUGAAAUGUUUAACAAGAAAAGAGACCAAAAAAACUUUUCUAAUUUUAAGAUGACAAUAAUGACAUAGAGCCACCUCAUUUUCAAGAUCUCGGCCAGAGGGUUACAAGUGAUUUUAUUUUUGCAGUUGUUUUACAUCAUUUAAAUAGUGGAACAUGGUUUGUGGAAGCUUGAACUAUAUAGAAAUAUAUAGACAUGACCAUAAAAGAAGAACGUUUCUGCUAAGAGCCUUCCUCAGCAAAAUGUUGUUUCUUCAUUUGUCCUGUUUGCUAAGAAAGACUCUUAGCCGAAACAUACUUCUUUUAUUGUCUUGUCUUUAUAUUUCAAGCUUCCACCGGUAAAUGAUGAGAGAGGAUGCCAUGAUUGGCUGCCAUCUUGGUUGAGAAGACCAGUUAAUUCUGUCACUAAAUCUAAGUAAAUGUAUCCCUAAACCUAACCUGAAUCUUGAUUCACGGCAACUUAUAAACACCGAAAAGACAUUGUGGCAUCCACAACUAUCUUUAGCCCUUCCACCCUGUUCCACUAUUUCCUUUACACAGCUUGAACGCAUUCCUUCAUUUAUUAUCCUUUAAUUAGAAGUUUUUUUAAUUUAUUGGAUAGCCUUUUAUUUAAAAAAUUUAAAUCAAGAUUACCAAAAAAUUAACUGCAUUGUAAAAUGUAUUUGUAUGCGAAACAUCUAAAUUACAAACUUUAUUGUCUCUAAAAGUAUUCAUCGCUUGAUAAUUUAAUUUUGAUUCCAAAAGGAUUAAAAUAAAAUAAAUUCUUGCCUAGGAACAUUUCCCCUGCAAUUUAAAUGCUUCAGUGUUGUGAAUAUGGGCAUUAAACUGAUCAAAAUGUCCCGUCUUCCCUUACAUUUUUUGUUGCAAAAAUCACAUUAAUUAAUCAUGUACAGAUAUGAAUUUAUAGUUUUAAACAUUUUUAUUUUAUGGGCAUGGUUUACCCAAAUGAAUGUAUGAAAACUUUUGCAAUAAACCUACUUUUAGCAAUU